CCUUUCUCCAACAGUGGAAGGGGAGGCGAAGAAAGGAAGGUUGGGUAGAGAGACCGGAGAGACAGAUGGAGGUGAUCGGAGGCAGGGGUGAUAAUUAGGCCGUGCUACAAUGCCAGAUGUGGCCGGGGAAAGGUGUCUCUAGGCAUUUCGAUGCAGCAAGGCAUCAGCCCGUACACAAAGGAGGCGCCAGUGCCGCACUGCGCUCUGGUAGUCGUAGUCAGAUCCCCAAACGGAUGACAGCCGGUGAAACUAUCGGGUCCGGGGCCAGAGCAGGCCCUUCUCAGCCUCCGGCUCUUGCAGCCUCACACAAAGGACCGCGCCACCACCCCUCCGCCCCGCCCGCCGGGACUUGUAGUUCCCGUUCCCUCGCCAAGCCGCAGAGGAGAAAGCGGCCAGACUACAACUCCCAGCAGCCUCCGCGGCCGAGCCCCGCACCCCUGCCUCCAUCUUGGCUGCGGUCGGAGCCUCCAUUUUCGCUCCCUCCCCCCCUUAAGUCACCACCACCGCCACCACGCGCGGACGCCUGGUCUCGACUCUUCGUUUCGGCUCUGCGGCCUGACGUGAGGCCUCUACAGUCGAACAGGGGCCGGGUGGGAAAGCCCGAGGCGGAGACUCAGGAGAGGAAGAGAUAGAAACAUCAAUGAAAGAGAAUCAUUGAUUGGCUGCCUCCUUCACGGGGUCUACUGGGGAUUGAGCCCACAACCUUGGUAUGUGCCCUUGAGCGGAAUCAAACCCGGGACCCUUCAGUCUGCAGGCUGAAGCUCUA